UCGCCUGGACUUGGCCUGUCCCUAGCCGCCUGGGGCCAGAGGCACACCCCUCUGUUGGGGCAGGGUCUGCUCUGGUGGGUGGUGCUGGGGCAGCGAGCACCCUGUGUGGGCGUCAGCAUUGGCUUUGCCUUGAGGUUUGCUGCAGAGCUGGCCAAGUACUCGGCGGCGGCCACAGGGGGCACCAGCAGGGAGUUUCCUCCCAGGGGACCCAGCCGGCUUUGCACUUGAGUGCCAUGGUCUGUGACCACAUUGAGGGGCGGGAGCCAUGGUGGUUGGGGGCUCAAACCCACAGGCCGGGUAGCGCUGACGCGGCUUCCAGGCUCUCGCAAGGUGGAAGGCAGGAAGUGCUGGCCCAGGGAGCCAGCAACCGGAAGUCUCGGACAGGGAGGAAGCCCUGGCGCCACAGGCCCCACUUGCAGAGAGAGUGAGCUGCGGACGCCACGAGCCGAGCAGCAGGUCGGGCAGCCGGGGCCUCAGGGCUCACAUGCUGGGGAAGUGCGGACCACAGCUCUGCCCGGCUGCCCGGAGCCCCAGGACCCCUGCCCCCAGCAGGUCACCAGGCAGGAGGAGAGCCAUGUGCUGGGUCAGUGGUGUCAGCUUCAUGGAGGCUGAGGAGACGCACUGGCCCGUCCCCAUGAAGGCCAUUGGCGCCCAGAACCUGCUAACCAUGCCUGGGGGCGUGGCUAAAGCCGGCUACCUGCACAAGAAGGGCGGAACGCAGCUGCAGCUGCUCAAAUGGCCUCUGCGCUUUGUCAUCAUCCAUAAGCGAUGCAUCUACUACUUCAAGAGCAGCACCUCGGCCUCCCCGCAGGGCGCCUUCUCCCUCAGCGGCUACAACCGGGUGAUGCGGGCAGCCGAGGAGACGACAUCCAACAACGUCUUCCCUUUCAAGAUUGUGCACAUCAGUAAGAAACACCGCACAUGGUUCUUCUCGGCCUCGUCUGAGGAUGAGCGCAAGAGCUGGAUGGCCUUGCUGCGCAGGGAGAUCGGGCACUUCCAUGAGAAGAAGGAGCUGCCCCUGGACACCAGCGACUCCAGCUCGGACACUGAGAGCUUCUACGGUGCAGUGGAGCGGCCUGUGGACAUCAGCCUGCUGCCGUGCCCCACGGACAACGAAGACUACGAGCGUGACGAUGAGGACGACUCAUACAUGGAGCCCGACUCCCCUGAGCCCACGAAGCUGGAGGAGGCCCUGACCUACCCACCUGCCUACCCGCCACCGCCAGUGCCCACGCCCAGGAAGCCAGCCUUCUCCGACUUGCCCCGUGCCCACUCCUUCACCUCCAAGGGCCCAGGCCCCCUGGUCCCACCCCCACCCCCUAAGCGUGGCCUCCCGGAUGCCUGCCCCGCCCCGGAGGACUCCCAGAGGGACCUGCUGGGCCUGAGGAGGCCUGAGCCCAGCCUCAGGGUGCCCGCUACUCCCCGAAGGAUGAGUGACCCCCCUCUGGGAAGCAUGCCCACUGUGCCCAGCCUCCGGAAACCCCACUGCUUCCGGGAGGGCGCCAGCCCCAGCCCCAGCCCGGAGUCCUGGGUCCCUGGUCACAGUGCCGGCUCUGCCUCCAGUUCGGCCGUCUCAGCUGCUGUCACCUCCAGGAACUGUGACAAGCUCAAGUCCUUCCACCUGUCUCCCCGGGGGCCACCCACCUCGGAGCCCCCUCCUGUCCCGGCCAGCAAGCCCAAGUUCCUGAAGAUACCUGAGGUGGCCCCCCCGGGGGAGGCAGCCAGGGCUGGACUCUUUGUGCCCCCGGUGGCCCCCAGGCCUCCUGCACUGAAGCUGCCCAUGCCUGAGGCCGCGGCUCGUCCCGCAGUGCUGCCCAGGCCAGAGAAGCCACUGCCCCCUCGCCUCCAGCGGUCGCCCCCCGAUGGGCAGAGUUUCAGGAGUUUCUCCUUCGAAAAACCCCGGGCGCCCUCACAGGCUGACACUGGAGGGGAGGACUCCGACGAGGACUACGAGAAGGUGCCGCUGCCCAGCUCGGUGUUCAUCAACACCACGGAAUCCUGUGAAGUGGAAAGGCUGUUCAAAGCCACAAGCCCCCAGGGAGUACCCCAGAAUGGCCUGUACGGCAUCCGAAACUCUUCCACCAAGUCUGGGAAGGUUCUGGUCGUGUGGGACGAGAUGUCUAACAAAGUGAGGAACUACCGCAUCUUUGAGAAGGACUCCAAGGUCUACCUGGAGGGUGAGGUCCUGUUCGUGAGCAUCGGCAGCAUGGUGGAGCACUACCACAGCCACGUGCUGCCCGGCCACCAGAGCCUGCUGCUACAACACCCCUACGGCUACGCCGGGCCCAGGUGACGCCUGCCCACAGGGCUGCUGGACAAAGGUGGCCAAGGGUGCCGCGGCCCCAGAGCGUGUAGAUGGAGACUGAGUGGGAGGAUGAGCCUCUCCUGCAGACAGCUUGUGGAGUUCGGCCAGGCCGCACCUAGCGGGCUCCAAAGGACCGGAGGACUCUGCUGCCCCACUCAGCCCUGUACUGUCGUAGCCUCCGGGAGCUGAGGCCCCGCACCGAGCCCUGCCUGGGCGUUGAGGACAGGAGUCUGGGCAGGGCUGGGCAGUUGACAGGGGCCUGGGCUGGCCCUGGGACCUCAUUGGAACACUAAGACGCAGGCUCCAGGAGGGGCCGUUGCCUUCUAAUAAAUCAGAGCUGACCUUCA